GGAUAGAUGAAGAUUUAGAAAAUAGAAAACAACAUAGGCUAAAGCAAUUGAAAGAACGUCAGGCUUUGUGUGCAAUUAAUGCACAAUCUGUUGAAGAAUACCAGGAACAUAGCACUUGCAACAGAAGCUCGUCGAUUUUAAAUAUUGAAACUGAAGAUUUAAAAAGUACUGUAAACGCAUAUAAACUCCAAUGUGACUUCUUAAAAGACAGUCUCCAAAAAAAAAGAAAAUAAUUGCAGAAAAUGCAGAAUGGAUUGCUAAACGAAGAGAUAUGGAAGCAACUAUUGUGGCAUUAGAGAAUGAAGUACAAUCAUUACGCCGAUUGAAUGUUGAAUUGCAGAAAUCUGCAAUCUUAAAAGGAAAAGAAAUUCAAAGUUUCAAUGAAGGCAACAAUUUAAAUGUGGUUACAGAAAACAACCUGACAGUAUCAAAUAAACAUCCCGCAGUUGGUUCUAUAACGCCUGAUAAUAAAAGCAUUCAUCUUGGAUAUGGCGAAUACUUGCCUAAAACUUCAUAUGUCGCAGCUGCUUGCAAUUGCAGAAGGCCCGCAAUUUUUGUUCGGCAAAUCGCGAUUUGUCUGUUUUCUUUGGAAACGCUUUUAAAUAGCACUGUAACAGGCAAAGGAAGCAACCGAAACAAGAAUUCUAAACAGCCGAAAAAUGCCUUAGAUUGCAACAAAAUUUUAGCAAUUAAAGCAAUAUACUAUCAUUACUUAACAGUUGAAAAAAAAAUCCCACCAGCACAGGCGGACAAAUUGGUGAAAAAAACUAGAAACAUUUUAGCUAAACUUAUAUCUUCCUUAAAAGAUUCGCAUACAUGUACUGCAGAAAAAGAAACCGAUGCAAUAGAUGAGGAGGUUCUUAAUUCAGAAGAACCGGACAUCGAACCAAAUAUUGAUGAUGACAUGAUUGAUAUUGAACAAAAUAUUGAAUCGAAUAUUGAACGGGACACUGAAUCGAACAUCGACUUCUCGAUCGACCCGUUAAGAAUGGAAGAAGCAGCACAAGUGCCUAAUGAGGAAACAUCUUCGUUGAAUGAAAAUAACAGCGAUCCGGACUUCAAUGUCCUUUUCCUACCCGAGCCAUCAAGUAAUGAUUCUGAUUAAAGGUGAAGGUUUUUGGACAUUUUAAUAUAAAAUAAAAAUGUUUAUAUCUAUUUCUUAUAAAUAUUAAGUGUUUUUAUU